GGACGCCUGUCUAAAGGCCAGGGGGAAAUCAAAGGCGGGGUCCAGGGGGAACCGGGAGGAGAAAACAACUUCCUGGUUUCUCUCAGAGGCUUGAGAAACACUGUAGGGGUCCAGAGAAGCUUUCAAGUUUUCUUUGGGUUAGUCCCUGAAACCGUGACCAGUGACUUGUGGUGUAGAGCUCCCCAGGGCUUAAACAGUGGCUUCUCUUGCCCCCAAGGUCAGGACCGGGGCUGCUCAGAAGAAAGCCGGUGUCUCAGGGGCCCCAGGCCAUUCCCACGGCAGCACGGAUGGUGGGUCAGGAGGCUGUGCCCUGCCCCCCUGGAACUCUGUCAAGGGAACUCGGCCAGCCUGUCACAGGAAGCUGUCUGCCAGGGUGAACAGACUCUUUGAACACAUAGGAAUUAGGACUGAUACUUAUUUCAAGACACUAAACGGCGCUGCUUGGCUCUCUUUGAUGGUCCACCCAGCUGUAUGAAGGAAAAUAAUCUCACUGGUCCAUGCGGGGCAGCCUGAAGAUGGAUAAUUACACGUCAGCCCCCGACGAUGACUAUGACAUCCUCAUCGAGGAUGACGUGAAUAGCGACGAAGUAGAACAGUGCGACCCCUACGACCCCAAGUUCUUGGCGGCCCGCGUGGUUCCGCAGCUCUCCACCGCCGUGUUCCUGGCGGGUCUCCUGGGCAGUGUCUGGGUCGUGCUUAUCCUGGUGAAGCAUAUAGGACUCAAGCACAGGGAAAAUAUCUACCUCCUAAACUUGACCAUUUCAAAUUUGUGUUUCUUGCUGGCCCUGCCAUUCUGGGCCUACACUGGGACGCAUGGGGGGGUUCUCGACAACCCCUUCUGUAGAAUUCUAGUGGUACUUUACUCCAUAGGCCUGUACAGUGAAGUGUUUUUCAACGUCCUCCUGACCGUGCAGAGGUACCUGGAGUUUUUCCCCGUGAGCUUGCCCUCCACCACCCGGACAGCACGUUGGGGCUUGGUCUCAAGUGUUCUGGCGUGGGUCCUAGCCGCUCUGGUCAUUUUGCCCGAAUCCGUGUUUUACGAAGCUCAGAUGGAAAGCCAGACAUCCAAGUGCUUCUUCGGACGACCUCACUUCCUGCCGGCGGAGGAGACACCCUGGAAGCGUUAUCUGACCUUAAAAAUGAACAUUCUGGGACUUCUUUUUCCACUGUGCGUUUUUGUCUUUUGCUACGUGCGAGUGAGAAAAAUACGAAGGUCUGGGGAGAGGAGGUCUGGACGUUCCAAGCUUGUUUUUGCCAUAAUGGCUGUUUUCCUUCUGAUGUGGGGACCCUACAAUAUCGCCCUUUUCCUCUCCACUUUUAAAGACAUUUUCUCCCUGCAUGACUGCAAGAGCGACUACAACCUGGACAGGAGCGUUCAGAUCCUGAGAAUUGUCGCGGCCACCCACUGCUGCGUCAACCCCCUCCUGCACGCGUUCCUCGACCCCACAUUCAGAAGACACCUCUGCCACCCUUGCUCGGUGUGCAGUGGCCCUCCGCUUCAGUCCAGGGAGGAAUCUACACGAGAGGCAUCCAGAGAAGGACACGACCAUUCCAUUCCCCUCCGAGCUAGUGUAAACUAGCUUCUGUCUAAGGUAGCACAAAUAAACACUGAUUUUUGUAACAUGG